CCACCCCGCCUCGGACGCGGCAGCAGUCAGUUCUCAGGCUCCCAGGCGGCUCCAGCCCCGCGCCCGGACUGCGCUGAGCGCCCAACCCGGCUCUGCGGCAGCAGCAGCAGGAGGAGGAGCAGGAGCCGGAGAGUGGGGCCGCUGAGCAGUCGCGGAGAGCGAGACGCGCGGCACCCCGAGCAGACGCGCCCCCGACCGAGUCCUCCGCGCCGCGCCGGGGACGGCCGCAGCGGAGCCCCGGACCGCGCUCCCCGAGUCCGGGACUCGAGCCCGUCCAGCCCAACUCCCGCAGCCACCUGCUCCGGAGGCCCGGCUGCGAGGACAGGAUGCGCUCGGCGCUGCUCCCGCCGCCGCUGCUGGUGCUGCUGCUGCUCGUGCCCAGUGGGCUGGGAAACAAUGAGCCGUCCUCCAGCCCAGUGACGGUUGCCACCACCAUCUCUGCUGUAAGCCACGAGACCACCGGCAAACCUCAGACCCUCAGUUCCCCACAGCCGACGGGCCCUUCAGAAACCGAGAAGCCGACCACCGCUGCCAUAAGGCCCACCACUCUGCAAUCUAUGAGUCCAGCACUUCCCAUCUCCCAGACCACUUCCAAAUCCAACCAGGAAGGGGGGGGCCUGACCACAGUGAGGGGAGAGCCGACCACUAAGGCCCCUUCCAGCGUGAGGGCUACAAGUACUCCCGUGGAGACUAAGGAGGACACCACCGCGUCACCCUCUGCAGCCCCCGGGGCUCUGGGAACCCAGACACCCGUUUUUUCCUCACUGACGACAGAGCCCUUGCUUUCACCAUCAGCUACAACAAAGUUCCAGGAGGCUACCACCUUGCCAGACGCUUCCACCCCACAGACCACAUUGAAUCCCGCUGCAUCCACCCACAAAUCUGAGAGUCCACCUUCUCUGACCAGUGCCACCCCAGUGCCAGGAGCCUUUCCUUAUCCUGUCUCGACGGGGACCAGCGUAACCUCCAGAACUCAGCCAACUGAAAAUACCUCAGAGACUCCAGUGCCCAAGAGCACAGUUUCAGUUUCCUCUGAGCAUCCCCCAGCUUCAGUUUCCUCUGAGGGUCCCCCAGCUUCAUUUACUUCUGAGGGCCCCUCGGCUUCUGCUACCCCUGAGAUGGUCCCCAGGGAGACCACGCUAGUUUCUGAGAGUUCUACCUCCUUUUCCACUAGCCCCUAUUCUUCCCACAGCGAGCCUCCUGCCACGACAUCUGAAGCUGAUAUUUUUUCACCCAUCCCCAAUAAGAUAACCUGUCAACCUGACAGCUACACAACAGAGAAUCUGCUUAUUCUGAAGAUCGCCAACUUCAGUGUCUGUGAUGGCGUCAAGGAUUCCCGAAACCAUCCCCUCUACACAGCCCUGUGCCGAGCAGGAAAGCCCAGCUUCAACAAGGACAGGGAUCUGUGUCACGUGCAGCUGAUCUCCCAGCCAGAGAAGCAAGAGGUGGCGGUCCUCAAUGUGUCUGUGCAAACACACCUGCAGCCCAAGGAGCUGUAUGAAGUACUGAAAAAGAGAUGGGAUGAUCUGAAAGCGCUGGGAGUUAGCAACAUGACCUACGGAAAGGAAAGCCUGGACAAGGACGUGGAGGACCGAUUCAGCAUGCCUCUUAUCAUCACGAUCGUUUGCAUGGCGGCCUUCCUGCUCUUCGUGGCCGCCCUGUACGGCUGCUUCCACCAGCGGUUCACUCAGCGCAAGGACCAGCAACGCCUGACCGAGGAGCUGCAGACUGUGGAGAAUGGUUACCAUGACAACCCCACCUUGGAAGUGAUGGAGACUUCUUCCGAAAUGCAGGAGAAAAAAGUGGCCAAUCUCAAUGGCGAGCUGGGGGACAGCUGGAUAGUCCCCCUCGACAACCUGACCAAGGACGACCUGGACCAGGAGGAGGAGGACACGCACCUGUAAAAGCCGCAGGUCCGCCAGCUCGGACCACCGCCCCGGGACUCUUGAGACUUAAUCACCCAAAGUGCCACUUGAGCAGGGGGAGGAAAAUCAACUCUCCUUCCCACCUUGAGAGAGACAUGAACAGGGAAAGAGAGCAGGAGGGAGCAGAUGCUGCUGCGUUUUGGCUGCCCUCCCUCUCCACCCCUCCUCAUUUCAGGGGGGGCUUUCACUUUUUCAUUUUCUAGCCAAUGGAAACGAUUCAAUUUAAUAUUCUAGAGGGGGGAGGAGGGGGAUGGAGAUGGGGAUGGGGAAAUGGCCACUGCUCUUUGGAACUGCCCUGGAUUUUGUGGUCAGGACAAGCCAGAAAGAUGUAAUGGAAAGCAAAGAUGGUGGCAGUUUAUAUCCAUGUGGAAGUAUGGGUGGAUGGAACCCGUUUUCUAGUCUUUUCUCCCCUUCUCAGGAGCAAAGCUAUUUGUCAUCCCUCCUUAGCCUCCUGAGGGGCCCUCCUUGCCCCUGGACUCCUAAGCCAGGUUCUGGUGUCCUCAUCACUUGUCUGGAGGUGGAGCAUUUUCCCACCAGACAGACCCAAGUGUGAACUGUUCCUGUUCAAGGAAACCCAUCCACAGGUGAGAGGCAGGAUUGAAACUUCUGGAACUGACCCUCUGGCCGGCAGGACCCCGGGCCCCCAGCCCCCGUCUCUCACUUCCUCCCCUGUGGGUGCCUGCCUUGCAUCCAGCCGACAUCUCUCCACUCUGCUGAAGCCGUUGCAGACAUCCCGCUCGCUAAUGUGCACAUCGAUCCUGCCAGGGAGAAUGGAUCCCAGAAGCCACGUGGCCCCUCUCUCCAACCACUGAAAGAGAAGCUGCUUUUGGGGCCGAAGCUCCCCACUCCUGAGCAUCAUCUGUCGGCACAGUGUCUUCUAAGAGACAAUCAAUGCAGCAGGAAAGGGUAGGACCCAUCCAACCCUCCGUGUGAAACUCAGGGACUAAACCAAGUUGCUGGGAAUUAUUUAUGAAGGAGGGGAGAGCAAGUAGCAGACCCUUACCUCUUCCCCCACAAACCGCCCCAAGAUGCACCCGUGCAUCUCCUCAGUAUGGGUCUUCUGUCUCCAUUGGUGGGUAUCACAAGCCGUCCUUAACACCUUCGGGCCAUUCUUGUCCAUAUUCCUCUCUAGAGUUUUCCUACAAAAAUCUACGUAGUGGGUUAGCACCUUUCCCUCCCCCUUCCUUUUUUUUCCUUUUUAAUCUCCUCUGGUAGAUAUCAGGAUGCUACUUGUUACAUAGCUGCUCACUAUUGGCUGGUGUCUGGGAGCCCAUUUAUGCUUGCCAUCCGUGCGAGUCACACUAAAAGAUUUAUUUUCAGUCCCCAAACAGCACGUGCACAGUUAGGGAUGGGAGUAGUCGCAUCCAGGGACGAUGUCUACUCAGAAAUCCCUAAGUGUAGACUGCAUCACGAUGCUGGCAAAACCUCUACUGCAAAAGACUAAGACCUGUAGUCACUGCAAAGUUACCAGAGAGGGCAGCUUUUAUCCACAUCAUGUUCUUACAACGGACAGGAGUGCAUCUGCUGCCAGCCUCUGAGUCUCUGGUGCGAGUCAGUGGGAAUUCGGAACCUUUUCAGUUGGGGCCCGUCAUCUCAAAACUGACUUCAGGCCUUUAUGACUGAUUGUGGUUUAGAGCUUCAGUUUAUGGACUUUCAGGAAGAAAGGAGACUCUGGAAAGAUCAGUGCACCUAAGCAUCCCAGUCAUGGCCUUGAUUAGUCCCAAAAAUAAGUUGGCCAAGUUUUCUGUGAGGUCAUUAUUAUUAAUGUUACUACUACUUUUAAGUUGCUAAGUCAGGCUGCACUCAGGUUCCAGAAACAUGGCGGAUGUCAGUUCUUACAGUUGAGCACCACUGAGUCCUGGGGAGCAGUAAUUAAUAUUCAGUAUUUAUUUUUUAGCCUAUUUUCAGCCCUAUUUUGAUGAUCCGCUCUAGUUUCCCUGAGGGUUUUAGAACUUCGCCAUCCCUGACCGGGGCCUGCCCAUUUCCUAAAGCUGCCUUUCUGUCCUGGGGGCAGCUGGGAGGAGGAGAGGCUUCUUGGGGAACUAGGGCAGAGCACGCUCUCCUGGUUUUCUUGAAGCGGGAAUUUCAGAGGAGUUUUGCAUGGAGUUUGCACCUGUGCCCCAUGCCUCCAAAUGUUGAGGCUCUGGAGGUUGUGGAGAAGGAGCUGUUUGAGUGCCUUUCGUGGCAUUAAUUCUAGGGGAUGCAAGCUGGUGGUCUUUUAAGUGCCUCUUUGUCCAGGAGGCAGCAGGCCCUUUAUACAGCUCUGAUGAGUCCGUGUGAACAUGACUUACCCAGAGAAGGAUGUGUCCGUAUCAUCAGGUAGGGGAUAUCAGAAUUCUGGCUGAAUUCACCCUUUUUAGGGGUGAGAUUUUUUUUUUUAAUACCAGACUUGUGAUUGCUUUGGAGAAUUCCUGGUCAAGAUUUUGGACAGAUAAGCAGUUUGGAGGUUCAAUGACUCAGGACAGAGCAUAUUGUCAGAUUUUGAACAUAGAGCUUCCCUAUUCUGAGUCAGGCUGUUCAUCAGCCACUGCCAGUUACCUCUCGUGGGCUAAGUUUAAAGGCUCCAAAGCACAAAGCCCUCCUCAGCCCCCAUGGCCUCCUACCUCUGACCGUGAGGCGCGACAACCCCAGGCAAAAAGGAUCUUUUCAGCCCACAUGUGGCUUUCAGACUUGAGGGUUCUAAUGGGCCCUUUGAGCAAGUCCGGACUUAGAGGGAGGGUAAGCCAGCCAGCACCCAUUUACGUACAACCACGUGCCUCUUUUUCGCUGCUUUUUGGGGCCAGACUGGAGAAACAAAGAAAGGAGAUGUAUUGAGUAAGUUGGUACAAAAUGAAGAGGUCUGUUCCCUUGGGCUCAGUAUUAAGACUUGCCCUUUCUCAAGUGGCCAUGCCUUAAUUAAUGGGUGAAAAAGUCUGUGUUGUCCUCUGGAAAUUGGCUUACUUUCCUGGGAAGACCAAACCAGAGGAACUCUUGUUGAAUCACAGGAAGCUUUUUUUAGGCUAAAGCAACUGAAGCAUUGACUGGGAAAAGCAGCAAUAUAUAGCUCUGUUAUGAAGAAGUUUUGGGAGGCUGGAAGACCUUCUCAAUCAUGGGCACCCUUCUGAAAUUCCCCAGAAGGCUCCAGGAUCUGGAAGUUUUUUUUUAAUCUGGGUAGUACUAUGCCUAGGGCACAAAAUCUAAUUCACUCUGCACCCCCUCCUUCCCCCCCCCCCCCAAGAAAAGCCAAUUGGGAGGUUAAGAUCUCAGUUUUUGGUUUGAGGAACAAUUAAGCAUAGGUACCCAAGAAGGCCAUGUUAAAGAAUCUUGAACUUGUUUUUUAAAAAUAAAAAUUGUCUUUAUUAUUAUUUUUUUUUACAUUGCUUCAGUUUUCCUCUGGAUCUUCCCCCUCCCUUCCUCUUCCCAUAAUCUGUCUCCUAACAAAGCAUUCUUUUUUCUUUUUAAGAAAAAAGAAACUUGGCAGAUGACAGGUUUCCGGAGGCUGCCUGAUAAUUGAGCUAGAUGUCAUGAACAAGCCACCAGCUGCCAUCCAGCCUCAGCAAAGUAAACUGGGGAGAGUAUUGACAGCUCACUAACUAGAAAUAUAGAACUUUCCUUCCCAUUUAAAGGAAGCUAGUCGUUAUCUGUAAGUCAGCAUAUAGACUGGUUUUUUGGUUUCUUCGCUACUAUCAGCGAAACUCUGAGAAGUGUUACUUAAAUGCCCAAAUUCUUGAUCUUCCUAACUUGAGCUGUAGACAGAAAUUUUUUUUUUUUGGGGGGAGGUGAAGUCCACUGUGUACACAUAUAUUUUUGGAGAUAUAGAUAUAUGCACUACACGUGACUAUCAUUCUGUCAAAAUUAAAAGGAAAAUUAAAUGAUGCAUUGGGCCAGACCUAGAAUUCCCUCUGGGAGACCCCCGUUACAGGGCUUCUUCUCUACCCUCCAGGUUUUUUUUUUUUUUUUAUCAAUAGCAUGUCCAGAGGGACUAUCAGUGAUGGAGGAAAGCCAAUGUCCUGCCUGGUGAGAAUGAAUCACGGAGGUGGUGAUUUGUCCUGGAGGGUUCACAGAACUACAAUUUGUGUCUUGACUCUAGAUCAUACUCCUUCCAGCCUUGUUGGCCAGAAGGAAAGAAAGGUUCUUCCUAUUCUCUAGGAGCCUCAGAAACUUUCAGGUCACUGCAAAGACAUGUAUCUUUAUGAAGUAACAAAGUAAGAAGCUCAAUGGUGACUCAGCAAGUGGGAUAGCAGGGUUUCUGGAAUAUUGGCAAGGCUGGUAUCUCAUAGCCGGGGGUCUCCUGCUUGAGACUGGUUUAGUUUCUCCCGGCAAAGCUCCAGCCCAAGUUGGGGAGUUCCUCCUGAUACUUGGGUAUAUGCUUCAGACUUGCUGUGGUCUAAUCAUUCACCCACAGAGAGCUUGUCCUCCUUGUGGCUCACCAGAUCUUUUGAAUUAGGUAUGAAUGCUGAUCCAUCUGAAAUCAAUUAAAAAAAUUUCCCCCUGAAAUCAAUUUGUUAAUGGUUUCUCUAGAUCUAAGAAUUCUGAGAUGUGCAUGAGGGGCAGAAUAGUGUGAUUGAUAUAUCUGAGCAAGGGAGGAGAAAGGACCCAGAAGGCUGAGCAAAGAUUCAAGGGGGCACAAAAAGAUAAAUACACAUCAAUCGCUGCCUUCUUGCUCCCUCUUGAAUCAAGCAGCCCCUAGAUCACAGGUUUGAGACUCUUGGUUAGAAGAGUCGAGGCAGAUGGAAUUUGAAAAAAAAAAAGCAAAGUUUUUCAGAUAUAUUUUGGGUGGUUGAAUUCUUUAAAAUCAUUCUCAUAAUUGCACAUGGGAAAAGAGUCCCUGUUCAGAUCCAGCAUUUUGGUUAGCUAGGUUAGAAAUGGGUGGGGGAUGAGGAGGGAACUUGAAUCAUUCCUUAGCUUUCUCACUAUAGAACACAUAAGGCCCAGACACAAAACUAAAAAAAAAAAAAAAAAAAAAACUGUUCAGAGGGGCCUUACAUUUUUUUUUUAAUGUCAUCUAUACUCUCCUGGCUGCUGAGAGUGAGCAGGAACAGACGUCUGAAGUACACUGGAAUUUACUGAGAAACUGGAUUGUAGAGAUUAUGGUGAAUCCUUUCAUUUUCCUAUAAAACUAUAUUUUGGAAAACUAUGCUGUCAAUUAAAGUUCUUUUGUGUAAA